AUGGUGGGCCCUAAUGGCAAUGAAUCCAGUGCCACAUAUUUCGUUCUAAUAGGCCUCCCUGGCUUGGAAGAAGCUCAGUUUUGGUUGGCUUUCCCUUUAUGCUCCCUUUACCUUAUUGCUGUGCUAGGUAACUUGACAAUCAUUUACAUUGUGUGGACUGAGCACAGCCUACAUGAACCCAUGUAUAUUUUUCUUUGCAUGCUUUCUGGCCUUGACAUCCUUAUCUCUACUUCAUCCAUGCCCAAAAUGAUGGCCAUCUUCUGGUUCAAUUCUACUACCAUCCAGUUUGAUGCUUGUCUGCUACAGAUGUUUGCCAUCCAUUCCUUAUCUGGCAUGGAGUCCACGGUACUGCUGGCAAUGGCCUUUGACCGCUAUGUGGCGAUAUGCCACCCACUACGCCAUGCCACUGUGUUAACAUUGCCUCGUGUUACCAAGAUUGGAAUGGCUGCUGUAAUACGAGGUGCUGCACUUAUGGCCCCUCUGCCUGUCUUCAUCAAACAGCUGCCUUUCUGCCGCUCCAAUAUCCUUUCCCACUCUUACUGCCUACAUCAAGAUGUCAUGAAGCUGGCCUGUGCUGACAUCCAUGUAAAUGUCAUCUAUGGCCUCAUCGUUAUCAUCUCUGCCAUUGGCCUGGACUCAGUUCUCAUCUCCUUAUCAUAUCUGCUUAUCCUCAAGACUGUGUUGGGCUUGACACGUGAAGCCCAGACAAAGGCAUUUGGCACUUGUGUCUCUCAUGUGUGUGCUGUUUUCAUAUUCUACGUACCGUUCAUUGGAUUAUCUAUGGUGCACCGCUUUGGCAAGCGGCAGGACUCCCUCCUGCCCAUCAUCAUGGCCAACACCUACCUCCUUGUCCCUCCUGUGCUCAACCCCAUUGUCUAUGGAGUGAAGACAAAGGAAAUCCGGCAGCGCAUCCUUCGUCUUUUCCAUGUGACAACCCUCCCUUCAGAUCCUUAG